GCCCCCAUCACGAUAUACCUAAGCGCCACAGGACCAGUCGUUACUCUGAGAAUCCCAUUACGGAUCGUCCACUUGUCUGCACUGAUCAUUUGCCGGUGUUUAAUCAAUUCGCAUAAACCAACCCACCCACCAGGACGAUCAUGCGCCGAACCAAUCUCCGGCCCCAGCUGCGAACACCGUCUUGCGUAUUUUGACUUUGUCCCCUGAUCGCCGAUCUGGCGUCUUGGCCCUUUCUGGUACACAAGACCGCUAAAGUUUACGCUUGUCUGUCCUUUCCACGGGAUUAAGCUUUCCUUGUUAUCCUGUCUGUAACAACCACGAGACUCAAACUCCGUCCCAUCCUGACCUGACCUUCCCAUCUCUCGUUUCGUUCUUUCACAAGCUGCGGUGAUCUGCAUUCUGCGCUGAGUGUCGAAAACCCAGCCGCACGUGUUCACGGCACCCACGACGCAUGAAAAUAGUCGGCCCACCACGGACGCUAACAGCACCCAAACCGCCCAUGGGAUUCGGUGUUUGUAUUGGGCAGCAGAUUCAGUUUUCGGUGCUGAAUCUGGAGAAUUGUGCCGGUCCACCAAUCGCGUGCUCUCGAGACCGCCUCUGCCGGCCACAUGCAUGCUCAGAUCCCUUCCGCUAAUAGGCUGGCACCGAGUGCCGCAAGGUGGGAUUUGCUUACACUCAGCCGCGGCAGGUUAAAACUAACGAGAAAAAAAAUAAAUGAAAAUAAAAUAAUAUUGUAGGUGCAACUAAGUAUUAUAAAAGUCCCCGCGACCGCUCCUCGUCUCGUGUGUUCCGUAGCUUCUACCUUUCUAUUCUCACCAUCACCAUCAAGAUGAAGACCUCCGUCUCUGUUGUCCUCGCCCUUGCCGCUGGCGCCAUUUCCGCCCCCGUUGCUCCUGGUGUUCCCACCGCCGCCGCUGCCCGCUCCGAGCUUGCCCAGCUCACUGUCGCCGACCAGGUCGACGAUGGCAACUACUCCCGCAGCCAGUUCAAGACCUGGGACAUUAUCCACGACAAGUGCAACACCCGCGAUGUCGUCUUGAUCCGUGAUGGCACCGACGUCCAGACCAACGACCGUUGCACUGUUGGCGAUGGCAACUGGGUCAGCCCCUACGACGGCGCUGUCUUCACCGCAGGCCACGACCUCGACAUUGACCACAUGGUCCCUCUUAAGAACGCUUGGGUCUCCGGUGCUUCCGCCUGGACCGCCAAGCAGCGCGAGGCUUUCGCUAACGACCUCAAGCACCCCCAGCUCUGGGCUGUUUCUGCCCACGCCAACCGCUCCAAGGGCGACAAGGGCCCCGAGGAGUAUCUCCCUCCCUCUGCCGACUUCAAGUGCACCUACGCCGAAUCUUGGGUUCAGGUCAAGAGCUACUACAAGCUCACCGUCACCCAGAACGAGAAGGAUGCCCUUGCUGGUGUUCUCGCCAACUGCUAAGCAUGAAUAAUGUGAAGCAAAAUUGUUAAAUAAGAAAAGCAAAGCGGAAAUAGGCGCCUCGGAGACGAGACGAUCAAGCCUUGAUGGUGACUUUCCAUGUAUGUAUUCUUGAUAUAUAUUAAAAAAAGAACUGUAAAUAUUAUGGCAUAUAAGAUGCUCUGGUAAAUCUUGCGGGUCUGAAGUCUAGUAAAAAGCAGAAGUGCGGAUAUAUGUGUGUAUGCAGCUGUUAAAUGACAUGUACAAGAACAAGAUGUUGAAGUUUGUACUGAGAUGACGAUGAGGAACGGCGUUUACAGGACUGCGCAUACAGACCACCAGGGGCGGGACGGACG